CUAAAACUAGGGUUUAUUAAAUAACAUGUGAGAGGUAAAUCUAAUUAACGGUGCAGUUGUCGUCGGCGACCGGAACAUGGAGGGUUUAGCAUCUUCCAGGGUCUGGUUCGAUUUUCAUUCAUUGCUUAACAGCAGCUACACACAGAACCCUAGCUCUAGAUCUAAUUUCCGUAAAUUGAUUUCAUUUCCGUCAGCCCCAAUCGAUGGUCGCAGAACUACCAAUUCGUGUGUUCGAUCGCGAUCGAUGAAUCAACUAAAGUCUGGGACGCUGGUCGGGUCUUCAGUUGUCGAUCCGUCGAGUGAAUCGAUACUCGAUGAACUCAAAAGUAAAGAGUGGGAAAUUGGGGCUUUAAAAGACGAAUUAGCUGCUACACAGGGCAUUCGGAUAAGAAGACGAUCACCAACAGAUCCUCCUUUGCAUUAUGUUGGUCCUUUUGAGUUCCGCUUACAGAACGAAGGAAAUAAGCCUCGUAAUAUACUAGAGGAAAUUGUAUGGAACAAAGAUGUAGAGGUUACUCAGAUGAAAGAGAAACAUACAAUAUAUUCACUGAAGAAAGCUCUUGAAAGUGUUCAUCCUCCCAGAGACUUUAUAGGAGCUCUGAAGGCUUCAUAUCAUCGAACAGGGUUUCCUGGUUUAAUUGCUGAAGUGAAAAAGGCUUCACCAAGUAGAGGAGUUUUAAGGGAGGAUUUUGAUCCAGUUGAAGUUGCAAAAGCUUAUGAGAAAGGUGGAGCAGCAUGCCUUAGUGUCUUAACCGAUUCAAAAUAUUUUCAGGGAAGCUUUGAGAACCUAGAGGCAAUAAGGAAUGCUGGUGUUCAGUGUCCUCUUUUAUGCAAAGAAUUCAUUGUGGAUGCAUGGCAACUUUACUAUGCUAGAACAAAAGGUGCAGAUGCUGUUUUAUUAAUUGCAGCUGUUUUACCAGAUCUUGAUAUUAAAUAUAUGAUCCAAAUAUGCAAAAUGAUUGGACUCACAGCUCUUGUUGAGGUACAUGAUGAGAUUGAAAUGGAUCGCAUGUUGGCAAUUGAUGGAAUUGAACUCAUUGGUAUCAACAAUCGUAACCUUGAAACAUUCAAAGUUGAUAUUAGUAACACAAAGAGGUUGCUUGAAGGUGAACGUGGGGAAAAGAUUCGGCAGAAAGAUAUAAUAGUGGUGGGGGAGAGUGGAUUGUUCACACCUGCUGAUAUCGCCUAUGUACAAGAAGCUGGUGUAAAAGCGAUAUUGGUGGGGGAGUCGAUUGUGAAGCAGAAAGAUCCAACACAAGGAAUUAGACAACUUUUUGGAAAAGAUAUAUCACACCCUUAAACUUAUUUCAAUAGUCUUUGAAAAUAUAAUAAAAGCAAAUCUUUGCUUGUAGCUUUGUGUAAACUCAAUUUAGCAAGAGGGUUGGUUUCCUUCGUUUUUUUUUUUUUUUUUUUGGUUGUAAAAACAUGAA